UAUGUCGUCUUUCAAGAAUUAGAACAAGCUAGAUGAUCGAAAUUUUUCAAUCAUCAAUAAAAAUAAAUAGAGAGAUAAAAGAUUGUGAUUGAAGCAUAACUACAUGAAAAAUUUAUGCUAUUGCGAGACGCACUCUAGUACAGCUAUUCAACUCUUUCUCAUGUUGAUUUUUAAUACCUUAUAUGAUUUUUAUGCUAAUAGUUAAAAUUAUCAAAAUGAAGUGAACUUACAAUUCCAAGAGCAUCCAUACAUGGGUAUACAUAUCUAUAUAUAUUAAAGAUGAUAAUAAUAAUAAAAUAUGAUUUUUAACAUUCUAUACAUUUUAUAUCCAUUAUGAAGUUAAUGGUGAAAAUAAUUUAUCUUAAUCAACAGAUGGAGUAGUUAUUACUUUUGGUAAUAUAAGAAUGUACUAGAUAUAUACGACUGAAUAAUAAAAAUUGUAAUCGCUACUAUUUUGUAUAAUUUGGCAAUAAUAUGGUGAUGGCAGGAAAUGAAGGUGCGCCAGGAUCUUUGGCAGAAGAUUCGUUAUCUGCAAGAUUACAAUGGCUUCGUCAACGGCGUGAAGCACUGCAAGAAAAACUAGCUCUGAAAAAUACUGAAUUAAAGAAUCUUUGUAUAGAAGAGGCAGAAUUAACAGGAGUUUUGCCACCAGAGAUACCACUGGAGCCUGGAGAAAGUCCACCUACUUUUCGUAAAAAAGUUGGCACAGCAUUUACUUAUCCUCAGAAUUUAAUCAACAAAUUAAAAUCUAAUGAAGCUGAAGAAUCUGCUCUAGAAUUAGAGCGACAGGUUCAAAUUGGUAUAGUGGAAGCUGCCUUAGGAAUUGUUAAUGAUCCUGCAGAAAGCAAAGCUGUACGUCGAAAGCAUAGAUUGGUUUAUCAGCAAGGUCAAAGAAGACUACAAGAAUUGGAAGCACGUUUAAAUUCUAUACGUCAAUCUCGUAAUAAAACACAUCGUACAGGACAAUAUCAACAUACAAUGACAUGUAAUACUCAAUCACAUUUGCAGAGCAAUGUCAAGCAUAGAACAAAAAAACCACGACCACCUCUUGAUAGCACAGGAAAUGAAAGUUGUUUGGUCUCUACAAGAGCCAUUACUCAAGAAGAAAAUGUUAAUCUAAAUUUAAUAGGAACAGAACAAAAAUAUCCUGGAUAUGAGGAACAUCUUCCGUUCACGAAUGUUUAUCAUCAUAGUCAUGAUACUGGUUUUUCUUCUACAAGUCCUAUUGACCAACGACAAAAUAUUAAAGCAUCAGAGAAUGAUUUUAAUGAGAAUCAUAAUAUUUACAUUUUACCUGAUCAAUAUCGUACUCGUACGUAUUCUCAUGGUAGUGGUGGUACGCGCAAUCAGAAUCAUUAUCAGGAUAAUAACCGAGUAUAUCGUACUGUACCGAACACGUAUAGUGAAGAAGAACGUCAAAUAAGAUAUCGUCAAUUUCAACAACAACAACAAAAACAACACGAAUUACAAGAAGAUUUUUAUAAUCAUCAACAAUACGCAGAAUAUAAACAAUUUGAUAGCGAAGUUCAACGAAAAUCGAAUCAAUUGUAUUAUGAUAGAGAAUUUCGUUCAUCUCAUCAUGUGCAUACACCAGAGUAUCAAAUACAUUAUAAAAAUCAAUCACAGCCAUGGCAAAGAAAAGAUCGUGAUAUGUCUACUAAUAGAAAUUUGAGAUCUAUGGGACCACCUGUUGAUUCACAUAUGCCUCCAGGAUGUUGGAUGCGUUAUGACGAAGAAAUAAUUUGGUGUCCUGAUGAACAACUUGUCUCCGAUAGAUUUGGCAGCCUUGAUCGUAGAAAACGAAAUGGAGUGCAACAUGUAGGAAAUAUUAACGCUGAUACACAAUCCCGAUAUCGAACAGUGACGAUUGGAGGAUCUAAAAAUUCUGUACCUGUUGUUUCCUAUCCACAACCUACUAUUCAUUUAUUACCUUUAUCGGAACAAACGCAAGUCAACAAUAAAAUUCUUUUACGUACUCAAUCCUUAGGAAGCGUAGAAACAUGGCACUCCAAUCGAUCGCAGGAAUCACAAGAUGAUAAGGAUACUACUGAUAAUGUCAGUCGUAAGGGAAAAGAAAAAGAAUGGUAUGAAACGUCUUUAGAUUCAGGUACAAGUCCUGCAUUAGAGCCAGGCUUAUUAAUUACGCAUAAAGCUAUGCAUUGUCAAUCAAGCUCACCUGUAUCAUGUGUAAAGGAUAUUGGUGUAAUUAAUAUUGUUAAUGACACUGCAAAAAAUAUUCAUUCAAAUUUGCAAGGACGUUGUAAGUUAGAUACAUCUAUUCAACCGCAAAGUCAUUUACAGCCGAUUCCUAUUCGUUACGAGCAUCGGCGGCCUAAAGUACUUGAAAUUCCUGCAGAAUCAAGAAAAAUUCAAGAAAAUAAUGAUGAGGCAAUUCUUAUAAGAUCUCCUCAUAAUUGUACAAUAGUGCAGGCUGGAAAAUAUCAACCUUAUAGAGAAGUUACUAAACCUUUUGAAAUGUCCGACUUUUAUAAAUAUUCAACUAAAUUUCGGAAACGAAAUGAAAUCUCUGGGCAAACUUCAUCAAAUGAGAAUUGCUUAGAUUCCUAUGUUGGAGAUCUUGCUGUUUCUACUGAUAUACAAAAAGAAUCUAACUCUUCUAAUUAUGUACACAAUGGUAAUCUCACUAGUCCAGUACAAAAAAAGAUUUACCAACCUGUUGAACGUAUGACCUGUCAGCCCUAUUUAACGAGUUUGAGAUAGCUUUAUUAUAGAAUAUUGAAAAGUAUUGAGAGAGAAAGAGAGAGGGGGGAGAAAGAGAGAG